AAGCAACCGAGCUAAGUCGUCUUAGGGGAAGGGAAAAUUUUAAAGAUCGAUUGUUUUGUCAUAUACUCUGAAACACACCCCUUUUUAUGUAUAAAAUUUUUACUGAAUUAAGCCACCAGCUUGGCUUCACUUUAACUGUAUAUACAAGAUUAGAGAACAUCAAUAAAGAAGCGAGGAUGUUGGUCCCCGCGGGAAGAUAAUGAAGAGGUUGCGUGUUUUGUUGGCUUGCCUCAUUGUAGCUCUCCUGUGCUGGUAUCCUGGUCGUUAUGUUUGUUGUUCAGAGCAGCUCUCCACUGGCCCAGUUCGCUCUGCACAGGACAGCGGCCGUCACACGCUGCCGGAACAGGGGACAGACGAGAAGGCGGAGGAAUGGGAGGAGCAUGUUCAGUCAUCGUACGACACAGAGGAGCACGCUCAGUUGUUGCAUGACGCUGGACUGGAGCCAGUGAGGGCCGCGCCAGAGCAAACAGGCACGCAAGAUGUUCCUCAGGAAGUCAAACAGACUGUGAAUACAGUGGAGAAGGUGGUGGAAGAAGUCCGGUCCGAAACGGAGCCGUCUGCUCCUGAACCAGAACCACAACAUCCCCAACAACCAGACCAGCGUCCAGCAGCCCAGCACGCGUCUACACCUCCCCAAACCCAUCUGGACCCAGAUGCCCCACCCUCUCCCACACAAGACCACACCCCUCCGGCCUCCGCCGCCUCCCCCACCCGCCCCGCCGACACUCCGGCCGAGCCGCACCCGGAGGCCCAAACGGAGAGCGUUCCCGACUCCGCUACGGCCGGCACACCUACCUCACAAACCAGUGCUGAGAGCGUUUCAUCCAGUGCACUAGACAGUCCCAGUGCGGGUGCUGCAGUAGAGAACUCUAGUGCCAGUGAGUGUGAGGUGGGCACGCAGUCCCCCUCCAGCGAGCCCUUACCCCUUGGCACCACACUCACCAGUGUGGUGGUGGAACAUGUGGAGAAUCUCUCCAUUACGUUAGGGAGGGGGAAGGGGACCAACGCCGACCUCCCCUCCUCUCUGGGCCCUGGGGAGCAGGUCCUCCCAGAGUCUCAGACAGUGGGCGACUCCUCACAGCCCCUGGAGUCGGAGCAGCAGGGGGCAAACAGUGUCGGCGUGCGGGAGACAGACCCCUCUGUGCCCAGUAAGGAAGACAUCCCCACAUUUGAUGAGUGGAAGAAAAAAGUGAUGGAGGUGGAGAAGGAGAAGAGUCAGUCUCUUCACUCCUCGUCUGGUGGGGGCGCUCACGCCGCCAAGAAAGUGCAGAAGAGUUUUAAGAAUAACUACGCUUCUGUAGAGUGUGGCGCCAAGAUCCUCUCCGCCAACUCCGAGGCCAAGAGCACCUCUGCCAUCCUGAUGGAGAAUAUGGAUCUGUAUAUGCUUAAUCCCUGCAGCAACAAGAUCUGGUUUGUCAUUGAGCUGUGUGAGCCCAUUCAGGUAAAGCAGCUGGACAUCGCUAACUUUGAGCUCUUCUCCUCCACACCCAAAGACUUUCUGGUGUCCAUCAGCGACAGGUACCCGACAAAUAAGUGGGUGAAACUGGGCACCUUUCAUGCCCGUGAUGAGAGGACCGUACAGAGCUUCCCAUUGGAUGAGCAGAUGUAUGCCAAAUACGUGAAGGUUGAGCUGCUGUCUCAUUUUGGGUCAGAACAUUUCUGCCCGCUCAGUCUGAUCCGGGUGUUUGGGACCAGCAUGGUGGAGGAGUAUGAUGAGAUUGCUGAUUCGCAGGACCCGUCUGAGAGACUGGAGUACCUUGACGAAGACUACGACCUUCUCUUCGCAGAUUAUCCUCCUGGUUUCCUUCCAUCUGAAGACAAGACUUCAAAGAACCUGCUGGGAUCAGCCACCAAUGCCAUCCUCAGUAUGGUGAACAACAUCGCAGCCAAUGUGCUGGGAGCCAAACCAGAUCUUCAAGAUGGGUCCCAAACUGAAGGAAACAUAUCGUCCAGGACAGAGAAUGUCACCGAAGCCUCAACAGAAACGCUGCUAACACCAACACCUACCCCCACCACACAGCCAACCCUGGACACCCCAGAACAGGAGCCACCUGUACAGGCAGAGGGUGAGGACGUCUCUGCUCCUGACACCCCCACGGAGAAAAUCGUGAUCCUGCUGGAGGGCGUGGAGGAGGAAGAGGAUCUGGCCCAGCCGACGGUCACUCUGCUGGAGGAUGAGGAGGAUGAGGAGGAGCUGAGGAGCCCUGAGGAGGUGAGGCAGAAGGAGAGCGUGUUUUACUGCGGUCACCUCUCCACCUCGUCCUGUUUGGCCACGCUAGAGGAACACCUUCUCCGCCGCUGCUCCGCCGCCCUGGCCCUACGGCGCCAGCACAUGGACCGGCCGAAAACACCGCACGCACGCGCCCACGCAGACACACACGCCCCGCCCCGGCAGAGCCCGCCCGGUGCCUCCUCGGCUCAGGACGUCCCCAACCUCUCCGAGAAGCUUCCGGAAUCGGAGCCGCCGUCUCCGGUGCAGGGCGAGAGCAUCGCUCCCACGAGCACUGCCCCCUCCCCCUCCCCCCGUGACGGACGCUCAGAGACGAGCGCAGAGCGCCCCCCUGAAACUAUCGUCCUGGAGCCCAGCCGCACCUCCAUCCUGCCCCCUCACAGUUUCUCAGACACCUCCCUGGCCAAACCCACCCCCACUGAGGAGAUCCCAGAGCCCCUGCCCUCUGGCGAGCCCCAGGAACAAAGGCCCCAGUAUUUGGAGCGCAUUCCGGAAACCCGCGUCUCCCCCAGCAACAGCCUCAGCAGCACCAGCGCCCCCCCCUCCAGUCUCAGCUUCACCACCGAGCCCCUCAGCCCACAGAGCGAACCUCCCAAAACAGACCUGCCUCUCCCCACCACAGAGCUGCCGGUCCAGCCCCUGCCCACGCACACACGGCCUGCAGACAUCCCCCCUCCCACAGAACUCCCCGCGCCCCCCUCGGAGGCGUCGGACCCCGGCAGGGCCGGAGGGGCGGAGGACUCUCAGCAGCGGGUGGGCGGCGUGGCUCCGUCAGAGGUCGGAGACGCGUCUCUCAUGCAGGGGGAGGAGUCGGUGGAGGACAUGCUGCUGAGCGUUCCGUCGAGCCAUGCCGCGCUGCACCGGACCGCCACCGACUUUUACGCCGAACUCCAUAACUCCUCAGAGCUGAGUCACGGGAACGGGAACGGCAACCAGGUCCACGGAUCCAAUCAGAAGGAAUCUGUGUUUAUGAGACUGAACAACAGGAUCAAAGCCCUGGAGAUGAACAUGUCACUGAGCAGCAGGUACCUGGAGGAGCUCAGUCAGAGGUAUCGCAAGCAAAUGGAGGAAAUGCAGAAGGCUUUUAAUAAAACAAUCAUUAAACUACAGAACACCUCCAGAAUCGCAGAGGAGCAGGAUCAGAAACAGACUGAAUCCAUCCAGGUUUUGCAGAGCCAACUAGAGAAUGUCACCAAACUCAUGCUAAACCUGUCAUCUACUGUGAGCCAACUACAGAGAGAGGUGUCAGACAGACAGAGUUAUCUGGUCGUGUCUCUGUUCCUGUGUUUGACCCUCGGCCUCCUGCUGUGUGUGCAGUGCUGCCGCAACUCCCCCAGUCGUAACAGCAGCCCAGUCAGCAACCACUACCCCAGUCCAAAGAGGUGUUUUUCAUCCUAUGAUGAUAUGAGUUUAAAGCGGAGAGUGUCCUGCCCUCUCGUGCGCUCUAAGUCUUUUCAGUUGCCAACGACAACAGAAGUAGGUCCUGAUGACUUGUUCAUUGUAGAACCUCUAAGGUUUUCUCCAGAGAAAAAGAAAAAACGCUGCAAAAUGAAGGGAGGAGAGAAAGUGGAGACUCUCAGACCCUCUGUCUCCGCGGCAACCAUUGCGAACGGCGCGCCCCGCUGUAAUGGCGUUCACGUCCCCCGCUUCCUCCCCUCAGGCGAGGGCGACACCUCCACGUGCUCCUCGCGAGACGGCGUGUCAGAGGGCAGCUCCGAGGGCUCCUCCACACUCUCCGAUGAGUCAAACUGCUCCCCAAACUCAUCUGCCAACGGCCUCUGUCACGACCAGCUCCCUGACUACCCCCCUCCCAAGACCAAGACGGAGAAGCGCUCCUUCAGACGCCGGCGUUCCAGGUUAACGGAGCAGCAGCACGGAUGCUGUGGGGGGGAGGUGCUGCACGCGCCCGUUCCCGUGUCGACGGGCAUCAUGCCAACGCUGGAGGAGCUGAUGAAGAGAAAGCAGGACCUGGGCGUGGGGACCUUUGGAGUGACAGCUGUCACAGGGCGUGUCUGAUGUUAACCCCACCCCCCACACAUACACUUAUCACCAACCCCUGACAAACUAAAGACAGACUGUUUAAAUCACUCUUCUUCUACCCCAAACACCCCACUGUUUCUCCUCUCCUCUCUCUCCCUCUCCUCCUCUCUCUUGUUACACUCACUGCUGUGUGCCGGAACGCUCUCGGACGGAGUGGCGCUCCGUCUCCAUGGCAGCAGUAACCAGGCACCAGCUCCCCGUCUCUCUCCCGGCCCAAACGUGUCCUUGUUUCUGUGCCUUUAUCUCUGUUAUUGAAUCUGAACCUUAUCACACAGACCACUACUCACAGGACUGUCACACUGGCCCGAGGAGAUGCUGAGGACAGAUUCUGAAAGCGUGAAUGAGAUUUUUGUCUUUUUUUUUUUUGUGGAUGUGUGAGAGCAGCUCAG